UGAAAAUUCCCAUAUACUCCAGUCUUCCGUUACCAGAACGUCAUUAAUUCGUACCCAACCGGCCAGCCGUAGGAGGACGGCUCGCAAUAUGUCCAUGUAUUAUACAUCUUGAGUCUUUCCUCAAGCAGGCACCAGAUGGAUGAAGCUCAACCACCAGAGCAGCUCUGUAAUACCGCGUGGAGCUUGCCUCGUAAUCCACGUAUUAGUAAUUCCCUUCGCCUCAUUACCGGCCAACCUCGACGUGGUAAUCCUUGGUGACCUGGAUUCCCGAGUUGUAGUUUCCCCCAUCAUCGGAACUACGAUCGUCCGCAAAUGCCGUGGUCUGGCUCCUGGCGCCUUUCGGAUUCACAAUAUGCUCUUGGCUUCCUACAGAUGUGUCGUCGAGCUUCUGAUGGCCAUUCCUGACGCGGGACAUCUUGUGGGAGCUGCCGGUGCCGCCAAAUGUGACCAGACCGGAGUGAGGAGUACUCGGAUUCGUGGAGCCGGUACGUCGAUGAGGGAAAAGCGGCUUGAUUGACGGAGCGUUCGUGCAGAUAAUCGCAAUAACC